AUGGGCAUCAAAGGCCGUCGAAAAAAGCUUCGACAGCGCGAGGAGCUCGCGCGGCAACAGCAGGAGCAGGGAGGGCAUGCCCAGGAGUACGGCAGUGAGGACGACGACGGCCUUGCCGGCAGGGUGUUUGAGAUGGGCGAGCGCCCCUUUCACUCCCCUGUGGAUGCAAUGGGACGCCUGAGAAUGAAGAAGAGUGACUUUUUCCGAAUGCAAGAUAUGGAAGUGCUGGAGCAGAUGCAGGAGGAGCACCAGAGCCGCCGGAAGCCGGCGCAGUCCGGGGCGGUGGUGGCCGGUGGCGGCAGUGCAAGCCGAAAGCGUUGCCGCGGUGCUGCAAUGGACUCUGUGGAGGACGUCGCGGAAGAAAUUGAGCAGCGCUGCCUCAGGCGCCAGUACACGGACGAAGAUCUGUUCGAGAACUCAAAGAGUGCUAUAGCUGGUAAUCGUCUGGUGACGCUCUCCACAACAGCGGAAGCACCAGACGACAGCAGCUCAGCUCAGGCACGUAAGCGAAGAGGCGCAUCUCUGAAGACUGAAGAACUCGAUAACCCGAAGGAGGAGCAGGUGGAUCUUAUGGAGCAACGGCGUAAUGCUGCUCACGGGGCUCUCUACCGCCAUCCACUGAUCGGCCUCGACUCUGUUGUUGUCGAUGCCCUGCAACGAAAUGGUUUCUACCGCAUGACCCGCAUCCAGGAGCGCAGCAUCCCGUAUGCGCUGGAGGGCUACGACAUUCUCGGUCAGGCGCGUACCGGCUCUGGCAAAACUCUCGCCUUCUGUGUACCGCUUCUCCAUCUAGCCAAGGACACAGUCAGAAAAUACCCGAAUGCCACUGUAGGGCUGCUGCUGGCCCCCACAAAGGAACUGUGUGUGCAGACGCACGCGGUUCUCUCGACACUGUGUGAGCACAUUGCAGCCGUGCCAGCCACCGCUGGUGGGGCUCAGUUUUACGUGCAGCUCAUUACGGGCGGCACGAAUGUCAGUGAGGAGCGCCGGCGUCUUGCCUCGGGGAUGGCGUCCAUCGUCGUUGGCACGCCUGGCCGAAUUCAUGAUCAUGUUCUUCACUGCAAGGGGUGGCACUUGUCGCGGUUGCGCCUUCUCGUGCUCGAUGAGGCGGACCGCAUGUUGGCCGACGGCUUCCAGCGUGAUCUCGACGCCGUCAUCAGCCGAAUCUCGAAGGGGCGGCAGACAUUUCUGUUCUCGGCCACCAAUUCCAAGUCGGUGCGUGAGCUUGCUCGCCUGUCCCUCUCUCGUCUCCCUCUUUUCAUUAGCACCGCUGGCGAUGCCCCCUCUGUAGUGGAGAUGGGCGACAGUGAAACAGCAGGGGCGGGCGCGAGCAUGGCGCCCUACCGCGUGUAUAACGACCCCGCUGAUGACGGCGGAGAAGUGGUGGAUGAGAAAUACAAGUGCAAGGACGAUGCCGAUUACGAUCGCUGCAGCGACGAAUGCGCCGGAGAGGCGGACGCGAUCCCAUCGACGCUGCGCCAAUUCGGUCACAUUGUGCCUUCACACGACCGGCUGCGUGCGCUCUACACCUUUGUGAAGCAGGUCGCUCGCCGUGCUAAGGUAAUGAUCUUCUGCUCCACAGUCGCGAGUGCCGUCUUUCACUGCCAGAUGAUGGGCUCCGUCGGGUUCCAUGACGACGUCAUGAUGCUGCACGGCCAGAUGAAGCACCGACAGCGGGUGCAGGCGUUUCAGGUGUUCACCGAGUGGAAGGCAGGAGUGCUGUUUUGCACCGAUGUCGCAGCGCGUGGUCUGGACAUCCCGCAUGUGACGUGGAUCCUCCAGUACGACCCGCCUCUUGAUCCGACGGAGUACAUCCACCGCAUCGGUCGCACAGCGCGCGCCGGCACUGUUGGUAAUUCGCUUCUCUUUCUCACUCCGGAAGAGGCGCCAUUUUUGUGCUACCUCGCCCAAUACGGCAUUCACAUGGCGAAGUAUCCUCUGCCACUGAAGCUGCCGCGCAUCCAAGAAAAGUUGGAGCACGUGCUGCAGCUGGACGAAGUGGUAGCCAAAAGCGCUGUAACGGCGUUCCGCGCACACGUUGGUGCCUAUCAAAGCCACAUCCUUAAGGAAACCUUUGAUGUGCACCGGCUGGACCUCGAGGCGCUGUCCAAAGCAUUCGCGCUAACGGCGGUGCCGCACGUGACGCUGCCUCGCAACACAGAGGAGGAGAAGCGGAAGGAGUACAUCAAAGGUCGGCUCAAGUCGCUGAACCGGCGCCGCCUCGACGCACUCCGCUAUUACGAGGCCAACAAGACUCGCCCGCAAUGGGAAAACGGUUUUUUUGUUGGCGUCUCACGUCCCUCGAUGAGCUGA